GAAGGCACUGCUGCUGGAGGUGUAAUGGACAUUGAUACUGCUUUACAAGAGGUGCUGAAGACCGCCCUGGUCCAUGAGGGCCUAGCACAGGGAAUUCGAGAAGCUGCCAAGGUUUAUGACAAUAAGAAACUAGGGGGAUGGGUUGUUAUUGCAAAAGUGGCAGAGAAGGGAAACCCCCGCAAAGUGGUUGGUUGCAGUGGCGUGGUUGUUAAGGACUAUGGCAAAGAAUCCUGGGCCAAGGAUGUCAUCGACAAGUAUUUCAGAUGCAAGAAAUGAACAAAUAAAAAAUUUGAUUCUCAAAAAAAAAAAAAAAAGUGUUGGUAUAAGGAAGUCAUUCUGGGUUGGAAAAAGGGAGGAACUUUAUUGAAGGAGAAAGAAAGAAGCCCUCUUAUUUUCCUCCUCCUUCUUUUCCUCUUUCUCCAGUGCCCUCUUGGUCAUCAAGAAUGAGGCACCAACUCCCCCUGGAAUCGCUCGUGGGACCACCUCAGCCCAGCGUAGAUUUACUAUUUCACAUUGACAACAUACUCAGCACCACACAAAACAGGAGAUUUAUUGAUUUGUUUGCUCACUUUAUCAAGGCCAUUUCCUCCAUAGAGGAGAGGAAGAGGGAGAG